GAAAGAUAUAGCAGGGAACGUUGGAUAUAAAGAAAUGGCUAGUUAAGAUGGAGAGUAGUAAUUUUAAAAGUUUUUUUUUUAAAAAUCAUACAAAAUUAAAAUUGCCUACAAAAAGAUAUAGUGAGGUCCAUUUCUAGCUUUAUGGAUAAACUAUGGCCGCGGAAUAGAUGUGUGUUUCGCUCUGUUCUUUGGCACCUCUAUAGUGAAAACUCUCCAUCCAGCGCGUUGGACGUUAGGUUGGAAAAAGCAGUUCAGCGUGAGACCGGAAGUGCCCCAAAGGGUGCAGGAAGUGGCUAAAGUGUGUAGUUGGUGCUUGUGCUUCUUUGGGUGGGAGCGAGGGGAUUUACUGCCGCCGCCGCUGCUGCUGCUUGCUUUAAUUGCCAGUUUGCGGAUUUUCCCUGGCUGUCCUCAUGCUGCCCGCAGACUGUGCCCACAGGUGAUAUUGUAGUAAUAGUAGUAGUAGUUGUUAUUAUUGCCGUUACAUGAUCAGCGUGCCUGCGAUUUAUGGAGUAGAACUGGAGAGGCUCCUCCUGUCCCGGCGCGUUUACUAUCUAAGUUUAAAUUCAGGAGGAAGGGAGCCCCGUACCCCGCCGGCCUUGGGACGGGGUGGCGGGUCCAACCCCAGAACCUAUUUGUAGGGUAAAAGCCGAGCCCUUUCAACAACUGAGGGAAGUAGUGUCUCAGCUUAUUGUUCAGCGGUACCCAGUGUUUCGUUUCUAAAAUGAGGAGAGUCUUGGAUUACAAGCCUGCUUGUGAGGGAUGCCUAGAAAUUCCAUACACACAUCUAUAAUUUAAUGUCAAAUUUUGUAUGGGGCUGCCAAAUGCUUCCUUAUCUCCCCAUGUCUUUUCCUAGAGAACAGGCCAAUUUUAAGAAUGUUGAUUAUAUUGUUUCCAAGUUAAAGAGCAAAAUUUUCUCGUUGUACCAUUUGCCAUUUUAGACUGGUUUCUCUACUCACCCAAGCCUUGGAAGACUGUGCUGAACAAAAGCAGCAACUGCAGCAGAACCUAACACAAUGCCAAGCUAUUCUUGGAGACUGGUAAGCUGGAGGUGGGGAAAGAGGAAUAUGUGCCAGUCCUAUCCUAAAUUUUCAGAGAAUUGUUUUUUCCUUUUAAGUGAGGAGGAAGCAAGCUGUGUUAGUAAAUAAAAAAAAAAACAACAACAAACAACUGUGUUAGUUAAUUCUCAGUUUUUCCAUCUCUCCUUAUUACCAAGCAGAAGAGAUGAGUCCAUACAGAUUUUUUUUAAAAGUUAAAAGCUAAGAACCUUGUUGUUUCCUCAGGAUGUCUGGGCAAAGAAUAUUGUUAUUAAUGACAAUAACUGUCUUGUGUUCUGUUUGAAAGGAUGACAGCUGUGGAAGAAUUAUUGGCCAUACCUGUUUCUUGCUGAAUGCUUGCUCUGUGUUUCCUUUCUGCUAGGAACUCACAAGCUCCUGAAUACCCAGUCCUUGAUGAUGGCAAAAAUGAUAAUCAAGGUAUGGGAACAACAGUUCUUUCCCAGCCUCUCUCUUCAAUUAAGUGUUCUCUCUUUCCUUUGCCUACAUGCUAGCUACUCUUGUCUGUGUCUUCAGACUUAGAGGCACUUCAUUGUGGGAUCACACUGGUAUUCAGUGUGUUUUGCACUGGUAAAGGGGUGGAGUGGAGAGAGAGAGAGAGAAAAAGUGGGGAAAGAAGCAAAGUAUGAAAUUUAUAAAACAGUAAAAAAAAGCCCAAAGCAUUUUGGUGCAGAUUUUAUUUAAGGUCUCUUCCAACCCUACAAUUUUAUUAUUCUCUUAUUCUAAUAAUAUUUUUUUCCCUUGUAAGGCUUUACAUCUUAAACUUGGCUGUGGCAGUUUCUGUGCAUACUUGGGUAGGAUCAAAUCCGAUAACUCUCAUGAUACAUAAAACUAGGCUUCUUUGCAUUACAGGCUCAAAAUUCUGCAUCCAAACAUUUGGAAUAUGCCAUAGACUUGCAUUUUUGUUAAUUGUGGUCUGGUUCUACCAUAACCUUUUCAGCAUUGUCUUGAGACAGUCAACAUACUCGGUCUUCAUGGUAGGCACAUUCAAAUAAAGUUUAAGCUAUCUGGUUAAUGAGAAAUUUCACUAUGAGGUGGUGGUGUGGAAAACAUAACAUAUCUCAUUGUCCAUAAAUGGCUUUGUGCUUUAAAAAAAAUCUGCAUCAUUGCAGGGGGAUUGGACUAGAUGAUCCUAUCCAACUCUACAAUUCUUAUAGUUUGUGAUUUGGAUCAGAGCGAGACAGCACUGAAAGACCUUAAUUAAUAUAUUAUCUUUUUCAUUUGUAGGAAGUGAACCCUCAGCCAAGGAGCUUGAGGAACUGGAGCUGCUUAACAAAGCCCUGGAGAAAGCAUUAAGGAUCCGAGCAAAGUUCCAGCAGGCUCCAUGUGAGCUUAUAGAAAGUGCCAAAGCUGCAGAAAAGAAGGCUGUUAGUAGUGCUGAUGUAAAACAGCAAGUGGAUCAUUCUAAGGAGAGCAUCUCGAAGACAGUAAAAGUGCAAUCUGUGAGCAGAAAGCCAGUGCCUUCCAAAAAGCCUACAGCAUACAUGCUGAAAGCUCCCUACAGGACUGACUUAGAUGUGAAAAGGUCACAAGUGAAAAUGUCAAGCAGACUGAGCUCCAGAACUUCAAAGAUGCCAGGGAGGAAGAAGUCAGCCAAAGGGGCUGCCUCCCCCAAAGCCAUGUUGUCUGCAAAAAUAACCCAAAUGGGUCAUGAAAAGGUCUUUGCCACUGAAGAACCCAGAACACAAGAUGAAUUUUCUAAAUCUUCACAUUGUGCAAAGCUAAACCCUUCAUUUGGGAACCUUGUGGGUGGGGGAGACAUUGCAGGUACUGAUGUGCCUUUUUCUGAAGCAGAGCAUAAUUUUGUUGGUCCUGCUCCAGAGUCUGUGGCCACACAGAGCCAUACGGAAGAAGGCACCCCAGGGGCAGACACAACAUCCCAGAUAUCUACUCUACAGGAAAAGGGGUAGGUUUCCAGGAGUUAAGCCUUUAGCUGGCUUAACUUGCUGCUGCUUGUUUCCUUCUCCAUCAAAUACAUUUUGGACCUUUUGAAAUUUCUGAGCUAUUUGUAAAGACAGUGGUUCUGGCUAAAUGUCCUUGACCUGAACUAAUUUAAUAAGUGGCAAUACAAAAAAAAUGCUUGUGGGAUGGGUUGGAAUUGGCAUGGUGUGAUAGCAAUGCCUGGGUUAUGGAAGGGCAGCUGGUGUCCAUACAGCUAGUAACUUGCUUUUUGAUAUCUGAAAUUAAAGAGAAGGAAAUGAAAACAUGUAUCCAGAUUUUGAAUAUGUGUGUGCUAAGUUUUAUAAUCCAGUUCUAUUUAUUUUUACAGAUCUUUGAUGAAACUGCCACAUCCUUAUGGGAAAGCCUUUUCCAGGUAUACCAGGUAACCUUAUGCUAAUCAAAAACUCAGAGUUCCCUGCAAAUGGAUGGGGGAAAUUUGAGGGAGGAAUCUAAGCCUUUAUGGUAGGAUGGCCUAGGUUAUUAGUAAUUUGCAAAAUGGAACUGGGAUUGAAGGAGUGUUCUGUAGUCUGUCUUCUGGCACAUCCACGGGGGUGGCACCAACCUGUGUUGUCUAGAUGGGUUGGCUUUAGAGACCUUAAGUCAACUUUUCAUAUAGCCAUGGGUGUACUUAGUAGCCUCUUAUUCUCAUGGCCUUUAUUUGCCUUCUGCAGAAUGGGUAUAGGAAGCUGCCUGAUACCAGGUCAGACUAUACAUCCCUCUAGCUCAGGAGCAGAGGACCUGCAGCCCAUGGUCUAAUUAGACCUGUCAGACCUCCUCAUUUGUCCCACAAGGCCAUUUUGGCCAGGACAUGCCUACUAUAAGGUGGCAUGGGGCAGACAAAAAGCUGGCUCAGACAAAAAGGAGGCCUGCAGGGGUUUCCUGAGGUUACUGUGACAUGGGGGUCUUCGCCCAUCAGUCAGACGUGGCCCAUGGGGGUGAAGGUGAUAAUGGUUGUGCCCUCUGGCCAGCAUUGUCUGCUCAAACUGUCAGCAACUUUUUGGCACAGUCUUGGGCAGAGGUGGUACCCAUCACCUGGUUCCUGUUGUUUCUAACGGGAGUUGAUCAGGAAUUAAAUAUGGGACCUUAUGCAUGUAAAGCAUGUACCUUACCUAAUGCUAGUUUGGAUAAACAUGGGUUUCUUUAGGCUGACGAAUGAUAGAACCUCCCCCACACCGACACCUUGAAUGGUAUAAAUCAGGCUUCCUCGACCUUGGCCCUCCAGAUGUUUUUGGCCUACAACUUCCAUGAUCCCUAGCUAGCAGGACCAGUGGUCAGGGAUGAUGGGAAGUGUAGUCUCAAAACAUCUGGAGGGCCGACGUUGAGGAAGCCUGGUAUAAACGAUGUACUGUUAUCCUGUUUCUUUUAGACAUGGAUUACGCUGUUUCCCUCUUGGAAAUAAUCAGUCUCUUCUGGUUUAAUGCCAGUCAGUGAUUCUUGGAGGCUAUAGGUGACCAGGAGAAUUUUACAAACCUGGGUUAAAAGCUUAUCAUGUGACACCAUCUAUAACUCUGUGAGGAAAGUAGUUCUUUGUGGUCACAUCCACACGAUGCACCUAAGUGCAUUUAAAGCACAUGACUUUCCCCAAAUAAUCAUGGGAAUUGUAGUUAACCCCCCCCACAUAGUUACAGUUUCCAACACCCUUAAAAGCUACAGUUCCCAGGAUUCUUUGGGAGAAGCCAUGCAUUUUAAAUUUACAUUGGAUGUGACCUGUAUAUGGAGUUUUAACACUGUUCAGUGUUUCUUUCAUUUCCUUUGACAUCUGAACAGCUGCAAAGAAAUGGGAAUAUGUGAUCAGAGACCAUAUGUGAUUGUCUUCUGAUGUAAUACUACUACAGUCAUACCUCGGGUUGAAGUAGCUUCAGGAUGAAUAUUUUCGGGUUGUGCUCUGCGGUGACCUGGAAGUAAUGGAGAGCGUUACUUCCGGGUUUUGCCGCAUGCGCAGAGGCGGCGAAUUGCGACCCGCGCGGACGCGGGUUGCAUUUGCUUGAGGAUGCGAACAGGGUUCCAGUACGGAUCCUGUUCACAUCCAGAGGUACUACUGUAUUACAUUUUAUGUCAUUACUGUAUGGCUGCUGGUUGUCUGAAUGCAUCCAGAGCUAGAGUUAAUGGAGUGACUAGGGCUGGAUCUAGACACAUCAAAGAAGUGUUUCAGUUAAACACGUUGCAAACUUUGUACUGUAUGAGAAAUCUAGUUAGCAAAAAUGGAACUCUACAGCGCCAUCUGGUGUCAAAGUGUUAGAAUGCACAAACAACGCAUAUAAGGCACUUUUUCUUUGCCAAUGUAACUGAGUCCAGAGCCAAAAGAAAAAUAAUUAAUACAUCUCUAUAGCUGCAUCUGUCAUAUCCUAUGUAUAAUAUAUACUAUCAUGUUUAUAACAGAAACUAAAACAAAUGGCAUCAAUCUGUGUUGGCAGGAGGUUCUAUCAAAUUGUAGAUUUGGAUGACAUAGUUUUGUCCUGCUGUUUAACUGAAACCACAUGUGGUUUUCAAGUUUCAAAGUAAAAUAGACACACAAAUAAAAUGUGUAUGUGUUAGGAGUCAAAAUACGUAUUAGGAGCCAAAUAUUUCCUCAUCCUUGCAGCUUGAAAAGCAUCAGUCACUAGUGUCUAACAAACGUCUGGGAUCUAAAUGCCAACAACAACUUUAAUUUGGAACAGGCAGAAUAAUAUCUGCCACGUGCUAAGUAAAUAUAAAUCCAUUGUUCCACUGAGUCUAAUCUAAAGAGUCUAACCUGGUAGAGAAUACUUUCCACCAAUUUAAAGUGUGAGUCUCUGAAUUCUGCAACUGCUUGCAGAUUUUGCAAUGAAGACCAUAUUCUGCAGUCAUUGCCAUGUAGAUUUCUGUAUGGCUUGGACAGCAGACAAGGGUAUCUGUUCUGCUGUGCUUUCUCAUUGUUGAUGAUGGUCUUGAUUACUCCAGUGGAAACCUACUGUGCACUACUGGAAACAAGGCUUGCAUCUCUCAAGUAGGCAGAUGCUCUUCUGUGGCUUUAGCUAUCUGAGAAGAUGCAAUAAGUCCAUCCAGCAAUUUAGGACAAGUUAUUCUCAUCCUUGCCUAUAGAUGGACCAACUAUCCUAAAUUUAAUUACUUUUCCAAUAGGAUUAUACACAAUCCUUCCUUCUUCCUCAGAUCGUUCUGGCGUUUCAGUGACAAAGGUCUGUUGAUACUCAGUGUUUUGGGAUCCUGCAGUGUAAGCAAAUAAGUGUAGUUGACAGAAAUAUGAUUGGCCCUGCUUCAGGAAGAACUGUAAUGUGUGAGGUGUGAAUUUCAGGCUAAGCCCAACUCUUGCUAACUGCUUGUUCCCCUCCUUUAUAGGCUGGGAGAGAAAUGCCGUCUUUGCAAAACAAGCCCAGAAGCUGUUGCUGCAAGGAAUAGUUUUAUGGAGAAGCUACAAGCAACAGUAUCUUUUUCUGGCUUUGGCUUUAUAAUGGGGGGGAGGGGCAGGGGACAGCUGUGGCCUUCCAGAUGUUGUCGGGACUCUAAUGUCCAGCGGUCCCAACUAGCACGGCUAACCACCAGGGUUGUUGGGAGUCUUGCAGUAUUAGAAGAGCCGCAGGUCCCCCAGCCAUGCUUUGGAAGAAGUAAACAUGUGUCUUCAGCUGUGGCUUGAUGAGUGCAUAAGAUAGCCUAUGUGGAAAGAGCCUUUUGGGCACAUCCAAGACCUUGGGGGGCGGGGGAGUCCAUUCUGUUUCUUCCUUUUGCAUAUUCUCAUUUGAAAAACAUCAGUAUUUUUCAGUAGUAGUUUGUUUUUUUAAAUAUGGCCUUCAGUCUCAACUUUUAAACACCUGCUGGAAAGUUUUCUGUUCUGUUAGGCACACAGAUAAGAAUGCAUCUUUCCAUAAUAGCUGGUUUUUAAUUUUCAUUUUAAUGUUAAUUUUUGUCAUUGUGCGGUUUUCUAUUUAAUUGUUGUAAACUGCUCUGGUUUUUUUAUGAAUAGUGGUAUACAAAUAUUUUUUGUAAACAAACUAAACAAUAUAGCAUGUAAUAUGAAGGAAAGAAAGUUAAACUAUAGACAAUAUUAUGCCUGUUCUGUUUUUUUUUUUUUUUUUUGGAUAAAAAUAGCUUUGAAUAAAAGUUUGAAAAGGUGUGAAGAUCCAGUCCCUCUUCUCCCAGCCCACUUUCUACCUGCACAGAACUUGGUGAAUGGACCUGUGUGGAAUUCCUUGUUUCCAGGAAUGUUGCUAAAUGCAAGGCCAGUUUUGGCCCUGAAACAUUUGACCUUGCUAUAAAUCUGGCAAGCUAGCCAGUAGGAUGGUGACCCUAAAAGCCUUUAUUUCCACUGUCUCCACUAAGCCUUAUUGACUUAAGCUUAUGGUCAGUUCUGCUUGCCUUCACUAGCCUUAAGUCCAGUUGAAGUGAAAGAAGAGUUUAAGCACCUACGUGACAUUCACUCCCAUGUGAGCCAGUGCAUGGAAGCUGAGACCUCAGGUAAGGAAGGUGAUGAAGGUAGCUAAAAUGCUUUGGGAAUGUAAUUUCCGUCUCAGAAAAUUGUGGUGGAGAUAUCCAUACCCACAGCUGUGAACAGAUUAUUUACUCCACAGAUUACAUUGGCAAGAAGCUAUGGUUUGGUGUGCACCACCACCCCAAAUUCUCUAUUUUGCAUCUAGUCUGUAUGAUGCAUGUAGUUUGGAACACUAUAUCUCACCAAUGUUUCAUUUUUGAGUAUGCACUUAAAAAUCCUAAUGAAUGGUUGCUGUCAGAACAUAGCUUGCAUUUCUUUAUUUGUGGGACCCCCACAACUUCUCUGAGGUGCUAGACUUGAGGCUGCCUUCUCCCGAGUGAUUCUGUGAGACCUGAAGCCUCUAACUCUCUUAUUCCUCUUAGAGUCUCUUGGAGAAAACCCAACUUGGCAGAGACAGUACGAAAGUCUUCUGACUCUGGAGGGCCUGCAAACGAUAGUGGGCCAGUGUCUGGACAAAGUGCACCAGUUAAGAGAAGGUGAAGGAUAUGACAUAAUAACAUUGUGUUGUUGUUUUUGAAAAAUUGAUGUAUAGCUAUAACCAAUUACAGAUAGAUAAAAUCAGAUUUGGGAGCUGCAAUACCACACACUCAUUCUGCAUGCUUAACCUGGAUGGUUGAAAAUUCAGCACUCGUUCCAGGUCUCCACCUAGGCGUGGGCCAUGUAGGGUUAGGACAUUUUGUCAUAAUCCUGCUUGGCCGCCUUCUAUGGCACUGCAGCUUUCUCAGCAAAAACAAACAGAUCAGCCUUACCCUGUAACUAAUUGCUCAGUUCCUAGCAAUGCGUGGCUUGUUUUCUUAUGCAGAUACAGUAAGCAAAUUGUGUUGCAAACAAAAGGUUUAUUAUAGAACCAUGGAGCUGCAAGGUGUCUUUUAUGCCAUCUGGUUCAACUCCCUUCUUAAUGCAGGAGAUCAAGAGUAUCCCCAACAGGCAUCUGCCUGGAGACCUUGAGCAAGGGAGAGCCUGCUAGCCCUCUAAUAGAUUGGUUCAACUGUCAAUCUGCUUUUAACAAUAAGACGUUUCAGUUCAAAUCUUGCCUUAUGAACCUAAGAAGAGCCUGCUGGAUUAGGCCAGUGGCCCAUCUAGUCCAGCAUCCUGUUCUCACAGUGGCCACCCAGAUGCCUACAGGAAACCUGCAAGCAGAACCAGAGCACAACCCAUCCUGUGGUUUCCAGAAACUGGCCAGAAGCAUUAUGCCUUCUGUAGGAGCGCAUUCCAUAGUUUCACUUGAGCCCAUUAGAGAUCUAGUCCAGGCGUAGGCAAAUUCGGUCCUCCAGGUGUUUUGGGGACUACAACUCCCAUCAUUCCUAGCUAAUAGAACCAGUGGUCAGGGAUGAUGGGAGUUGUAGUCCCAAAACAUCUGGAGGACCGAAUUUGCCUACACCUGGACUAGAUCUCUAGCCGAGUUUGCCUAUGCCUGACCGUCCUACCUUCUGGGUCAGCCGAGAACAACACUUUGUCCUCUUCUUCUGUGUUCUAGCCCUUCAGGUAUUGGCAGAGUGCUAUCACUUCCCUCUUGGUGUUCUCACUUUUGUGCUUUGCUAAUCCCCUGACAGCUAUGGAGUCCCAUUCGAAGCUGUUCCCUGCUAACUCCGCUUGCAGCGAGGGAUGCUCCUCUGCAUGGUGUGCCUCCCCUGGAAGCCAGAGGUGCUGGGAUGUAGACACUGUUGGGCAACCGCCACUGCUUUCUUACUCCAGCUUGGAGGAGCUGAAGGAGAUGGAAGCCUUGAGACUGAAGGUGGCGAUGCUGCGCCAGCAACUUCAGAUACAGAAGGUAACUUGGCAGUAAGGCUGCCUUUUGUGGUGUUGGGGUCCAAGCUCUUUGCUCACUUUGUUCAGACAUCCUGGUCAGGUUCAGCUGGUGGGGUGUAAGUCUUAAGAUGUAUGCUUGUUGUUGUUGUUGUUGUUUAGUCGUUUAGUCGUGUCCGACUCUUCGUGACCCCAUGGACCAGAGCACGCCAGGCACUCCUGUCUUCCACUGCUGCCCGCAGUUUGGUCAAACUCAUGCUGGUAGCUUCGAGAACACUAUCCAGCCAUCUCGUCCUCUGUCGUCCCCUUCUCCAUCUUUCUCAACAUCAGGGUCUUUUCCAGGGAGUCUUCUCUUCUCAUGAGGUGGCCAAAGUAUUGGAGCCUCAGCUUCACGAUCUGUCCUUCCAGUGAACACUCAGGGCUGAUUUCCUUAAGAAUGGAGAGGUUUGAUCUUCUUGCAGUCCAUGGGACUCUCAAGAGUCUCCUCCAGCACCAUAAUUCAAAAGCAUCAAUUCUUCGGCGAUCAGCCUUCUUUAUGGUCCAGCUCUCACUUCCAUACAUCACUACUGGGAAAACCAUGGCUUUUACUAUACGGACCUUUGUUGGCAAGGUGAUGUCUCUGCUUUUUAAGAUGUUGUCUAGGUUUGCCAUCGCCUUUCUCCCAAGGAGCAGGCGUCUUUUAAUUUCGUGACUGCUGUCACCAUCUGCAGUGAUCAAGGAGCCCAAGAAAGUAAAAUCUCUCACUGCCUCCAUUUCUUCCCCUUCUAUUUGCCAGGAGGUGAUGGGCCCAGUGGCCAUGAUCUUCGUUUUUUGAUGUUGAGCUUCAGACCAUAUUUUGCGCUCUGCUCUUUCACCCUCAUUAAAAGUUUCUUUAAUUCCUCUUCACUUUCUGCCAUCAAGGUUGUGUCAUCUGCAUAUCUGAGGUUGUUGAUAUUUCUUCCAGCAAUCUUAAUUCCGGCUUGGGAUUCAUCCAGCCCAGCCUUUCGCAUGAUGAAUUCUGCAUAUAAGUUAAAUAAGCAGGGAGACAAUAUACGGCCUUGCCGUACUCCUUUCCCAAUUUUGAACCAAUCAGUUGUUCCAUAUCCAGUUCUAACUGUAGCUUCUUGUCCCACAUAGAGAUUUCUCAGGAGACAGAUGAGGUGAUCAGGCACUCCCAUUUCUUUAAGAACUUGCCAUAGUUUGCUGUGGUCGACACAGUCAAAGGCUUUUGCAUAGUCAAUUUAUCUUAAGAUGUAUGCUUAAGAUAAAUAAAACAUUUAAUAAAAAUAAUAAUAAGGUGAUUGAGGUCUUGGGGGAGUCACUGUUAGUCGUCCCCCAUGGCUUGGAUACACCAGGAACUUUGUGUUUAGUGUUGUAGACCCAAGUUUAUGGAACUUCCUUCCAGUUGAAGUCAUGCAGGCACCUUUCCUGCUGAAUGCCCAGCACCUGCUAAAUGCUUUUUUCAUUUAUUCUGGCAGGCAUUUUAAUUGAAGUUUGAUUUUAUAGUUUUAAUUGAUUUUUACUGCUUGUAUUGUAUCUAGAGACUAUUGCAGUUAAGCAGUGUAUACAUUGUUUAAAUAAUAAUACAAAAAAGAUCUAAGGGCUGUAGUUCAGUAGUAGAACAUCUGUUUUACAUGUAUAAGGUCGCAGGUUCAAAUUCACUAUAUCUUCAGGUAGGGCUGAAACCCUGAAGAGCUGCUGCCAGUCAGUGUAGACAGUAUACCGAGCCAGAUGAAGCAAUGGUCUGACUGUAUGAAGCAGCUUCCUGUGUUCCUAAAUCUGGCUGUUUUAUAUUCAGAGAGAUUAAUUGGCUAUCCUGCUGCAUAGAACUAAAAGCGAGUGGAUGAAACAGAAGGCAGCUAGGGAAUAUGCUCUCACAACUGGAAACUGGCCAGAUGAAAACUCAGUUUUUACUUAAUGGUAGCUGUAGAAAGCUUUUCUAUUGAGCUUGAACCAAUUGUGCUAAUUUAUUGAUCGUAUGAGUUCCGGAGUGGGGUAUCAUUCUAAUAUAAUGCAUUAAGUUUGCCGUAGGAGCAAAGUGCCACGUUUUAGCCAACCAUUCACUUGGUUUUUCAUCUGUUCUCUUUUCCCCAGCUUCGGUCUGUAGCUGCCCCUGAGGUCAUACCUCCUUUAGCAUUAGGCUUUACUGGCUAUCCAAAUGAGCCUCAUUGCACCAUCCUGAUGCUGUGCUGACUCUGAUUAGUGGCUUUUUUCUUUUUUCAACAUUGCAGGUUGCUUGAGGGACUCUGCUUUGUGGUUUCUUGGUUCACACUGCAGAAGGCACCACAAGCCAGCGCAGCUUGCUGCCUAUGCAUAUUAGCAGCCAUUUACUGAGAGCUGGAAAAGGCAGUCAAGGGACAAUUAUACAACUCUUAUUUGCUUCCCUGAUUCAGUAUAUCACCUGCACUCCUGAACUUCUGAAUGGUCUGUGUUGGAGAUACUUUCCCUCCCCACUAACAGGUUGUCUUGUUCCCAGGCCAUGGAAGCUGAACUUCUCCCUCUUCUAGAACCUGGACCUAUUCAGGAAAGCUCCAGAGCAUCACUGUGCCGUGCCAUUUACACCUUGCUGUGUGAAGGAGGUGAACGCUUCCCUGUUCUUGUACAUGAUGAGGAGUUGCCCAGCUGACUUGGCGCCUCAAUCUGACAUAUGACAAUGUGCAUAGAAAGCAUUGAACUCUGGCUGCAGUCUUUAAAUCAGUGCACAUCCUUGGGCUGUUCUGUGAAUGAUCAAGCUUAAUAGUACUCUAAGGGGCAUUGCCUGCAUUCAUAAAGCAAAUAAAUUUAUUUUAUACCUUUGAAA